UUAAAGCAACUCAUUUGAUGAAGUGAAUCCAACGAGUGUAUAGCAUUUUUGUAACAAAAUGGCGAGUGAAAUUUUAAGUUUUUAUAAGGAUAAAACGGUUUUCGUAACCGGAGGCACGGGAAUGCUGGGCAAAGUGAUUAUUGAAAAGCUGUUGCGAUCGACAGAAGUGAAACGUAUUUAUUUCCUGGUGAGAGCCAAGCGAGGCGAAGGAGUGGAAGGACGAUUUGAAAUCUGGAAAAAGAAUGAGAUCUUUGAAAUUCUGCUGAAGAACAAGCCGCGUGCUCUCGAGCUAGUGACUCCAAUAUCGGGUGACUGCGCUUCUUCCGACUUGGCCAUCAGCGAUGAGGAUCGAAGGACACUGAUCGCCGAGGUGCAGGUGGUGAUGCAUGGAGCAGCUUCAGUGAGGUUCAUGGAACCACUGCAGCAGGCGCUGAACAUUAACACGCGUUCAGUGCGUCUGAUGGUGCAACUGGCCAAGGAGAUGCUCCGCCUGGAGGCAUUCGUCCACGUGUCCACCGCCUAUUCCAAUUGCGUAAUCAAUAACACCCAGGAGCGCUUCUAUCCGGAGCACCUGACCUGUCCCGUUGACAAGGUUCUCGACCUGAGCCAUUCCCUCAGCGGCGAGCUGGUGGACCGGAUGGCACCGGCCCUACUCGGAAAAUACCCAAACACCUACACCUACACCAAGGCUCUCGGAGAGCAGAUUAUUCAGAAAGAGGCCGGAGACCUGCCAAUCGGCGUUUUCCGACCAGCUAUUAUUUUAUCAUCCUUCAAGGAACCAGUACCGGGAUGGAUUGACGGGUUGCAAGGACUGGUAGCCAGCAUUUAUGGCAUUGCCUACGGGGUUAUCCACCUAAUGUUGGUCAACCUCAAAGUAAAUGUCCAUAUAAUACCAGUUGAUUACUGUGCCAACGUGGCCAUUGCAUCAGCUGUCCAAAUAGCCAAGGUCGCCAAAAAGGAUAGGAAGAUCGAUCCACCCAUUUACACCUACUCACCCACCCAGUCGAAUCCCAUCACUUACGGGGAGUUAAUUAAUAACUGCUACAAAUACGGUCUGGAUGCACCGAAUACCAAGAUGGUUUGGUACCCGUUUAGUCAUAACAUCACUUGCUCCUGGCUGUUUGAUGUCGGCGUCUAUCUGUACCACAUGUUGCCCGGAUUCCUGAUUGAUGUCACCUUACGCCUCAAAGGACAGAAAUCCGUUAUGAUAAAGAGCUAUCAUAAGAUCCACGAAGGCAUAAAACUAUUGUAUCCCUUCUCUAAUAAGUCGUAUAUCAUGGACACGAAAAAUACCGAUCAGAUGUGGCAGUCUAUGUCGGCGGAGGACAAGAGAAUCUUCAACUUUGACAUGUCGGUCAUCGACUGGAUGGAGUAUUUCAAGUAUGUCAUGGAAGGAAUUCGACUCUAUCUGUUCAAGGAUCUCAGGACACCAGAAUCCAUUGCCAACGGUCGCAAGAUUUUAUUUAAGUAUUACGUAUUGGAUAGAGUUAUGAAACUUGUACUACUUCUUGUAUUUGGGGCCUUUGUUUGGUUCUUAUUCAACUUAGGAUUUAAUUAAGGGCCUAAAUAUAAAUAUUUAUGUUGAAAUUGCGCGCUAAACGGUGAAAGGCGAAUUCAACGUGUUUUUUUUCACUACAAAACUGAAAUAUAUAUACGAUUACAGUGUAAGCUGACAAAACAAAA